AUGGAAUCGGGAGUUGAAGACAUUGUGAUUGUGGGAGCUGGAAUUGCAGGCCUCACAACAUCCUUAGGACUUCACAGGUUGGGAAUCCGAAGUUUGGUGUUAGAAGCUUCAGAUACUUUAAGGAUCACUGGGUUUGCUUUAACAACGUGGACAAAUGCUUGGAAAGCCUUGGAUGCUGUUGGUGUUGGAGACCUUCUUCGUGAGCAACAUGUGCAGCUAAAUGAGAAUGUGACUACUUCUUUGAUUACGGGGCAACAAACAUCAAGCUUGUCUUUCAAUGGCACAGGAAAACACGGAAACUGUGAAGUUCGUUGUGUUAGAAGACAGUUAAUGUUGGAAGCUCUUGCCAAGGAGCUUCCAAGUGGCACCAUAAGGUACUUGUCAAAGAUUGUUGCUAUUGAGGAAUCUGAAUCUGGCUUCUAUAAGAUACUCCAUCUUGCUGAUCGAACAACUAUAAGAACCAAGGUAUUGAUAGGGUGUGAUGGAAUAAACUCCACUGUGGCAAAGUGGCUAGGCUUCAAUGAAACCUCUUUCACGGGGAGAUAUGUAAUCAGGGGUUACACAAAGUUGGUGAACAAUCAUGGGCUUCAACUCAAAUUCAUGCACUACUUUGGGAAAGGGUUUCGAUCUGGUGUAAUUCCUUGUGAUGAAAAAACCAUUUACUGGUUUUUAACUUGGACUCCCACCAGCCAAGACAAGGAGCUAGUAAAGAACCCAGCUAAAAUGAAGCAACUUGUGUUGAGCAAGCUUGAGAAGAUGCCAAGAGAUGUCAAAUCCUUUAUUGAGAAAACAAAAGUAGAAGAUAUUUUAACAUCUCCAUUGAGAUAUAGAAAUCAAUGGGAGCUCAUGUUGGGAAAUAUUAGUAAAGGCAACGUUUGUGUUGUUGGAGAUGCAUUUCACCCCAUGGCCCCUGAUCUUGGCCAAGGUGGAUGUUGUGCUUUGGAGGAUGGGGUUGUUCUUGCUAGGUGUGUAGCUGAGGCCUUCUCCCAAAAACCAAGCAAACAUACCAAAGAGAUGAGUGAAGAAGAAAAUGUUAAGGAGCAAUAUAAAAAGAUUGAGGUUGCCUUGGGGAAAUAUGCAAAUCAGAGAAGAUGGAGAAGUAUUGAUAUUAGUAUUACAUCUUAUGUUUUGGGUUUUGUUUUGCAAGGUGAUUUUAAAUUGGUUGCACAUUUUAGGGACAAAGUUUUGCCUACAUUCUUAGCCGAGUUGCUGUUGAAGAAGUCAGAUUUUGAUUGUGGAACACUUAACAUCCCUAAGAUGAAGCAAUAUUAA